AUGCCUUCCUUUAAUUGUGUUGUCGACUUAUGUCUGUACCCUGUUGGAACAGAAUCUGUCAGUGGUUCCGACUUUGUUGCAAGAGUUGAAAAAAGAAUACAUGAAUCUGGUUUAAAAAGCAGUUUACAUAGUGCUGGCACUACUAUCGAGGGACCUUGGGAUCAAGUGAUGAGUUUAGUUGGUAAGUUGCAUGAGCAUUGCCAUAAAGAGAAUUUCAAGAGAAUACAUUCGCAUAUAAGAGUUUGCUCAGUAAUAGAGGAUGAAUGUAGUGCCUACUACAGAUGA